UUUGCAGUAACUCUGCAUGAAAGCUUGAGCUGUCUGUCAGGAGGCUGGAUGAAUGAGCGGCGGGCCGCCAGCAGGGGCGCUGUUGUCGCUUUCCAUACCCAUAAGCGGGGGAGUGAGAGGUGCAUGAAAUGGAGAAAAAUGGCGGAUCAUGUGCAGGGCCUUGCCCAGCUGGAGAUCCUGUGUAAGCAGCUGUAUGAGACCACCGACACCGCCGUCCGACACCAGGCAGAGAAAGCUCUGGUGGAGUUCACCAACAGCCCCGACUGUCUCAGCAAAUGUCAGCUACUGCUGGAGAGAGGCAGUUCGUCAUAUUCUCAGCUGCUUGCGGCCACCUGUUUGUCUAAACUGGUAUCUCGAACCAGCAACCCUCUACCCCUCGAACAACGCAUCGACAUCCGGAACUACGUGCUGAAUUAUUUGGCUACACGGCCAAAGUUAGCGGCAUUUGUGACCCAGGCUUUGAUCCAGCUGUACGCCAGGAUCACCAAACUGGGCUGGUUCGACUGUCAGAAAGAUGACUACGUCUUCAGAAACGUCAUCGCCGAUGUGACGCGCUUUCUACAGGAUAGCGUCGAACACUGCAUCAUAGGGGUCACCAUCCUGUCCCAGCUGACGAAUGAGAUCAAUCAGGCUGACACGACGCAUCCCCUGACCAAACACAGGAAGAUAGCAUCGUCAUUCAGAGAUUCCUCCCUCUUCGACAUUUUCACUCUUUCCUGCAACCUCCUCAAACAGGCUUCGGGGAAGAACCUCAACCUGAACGAUGAAUCUCAGCACGGUCUGCUGAUGCAGCUGCUUAAACUCAGCUACAAUUGCCUCAACUACGACUUUAUAGGAACUUCCACAGACGAGUCGUCGGACGACCUCUGCACCGUGCAGAUCCCCACGUCGUGGAGAUCAGCGUUUCUUGAUUCCUCCACCCUGCAGCUCUUUUUCAAUUUAUAUCAUUCCAUCCCUCCAUCCCUUUCCCCGUUGGUGUUGUCAUGUCUAGUUCAGAUAGCCUCCGUCAGGAGGUCUCUCUUCAACAAUGCGGAGCGAGCAAAGUUCCUCUCACAUUUGGUGGACGGAGUUAAGAGGAUACUAGCAAACCCACAGUGUUUGCCGGAUCCUAAUAACUACCACGAGUUCUGUCGUCUGCUGGCGAGGCUGAAGAGUAACUACCAGCUGGGGGAGCUGGUCAAAGUAGAAAACUACCCUGAAGUUAUUCGCCUCAUAGCCACCUUCACCGUCACCAGUCUGCAGCACUGGGAGUUUGCCCCCAACAGUGUUCACUACCUGCUGAGUCUGUGGCAGCGUCUGGCAGCAUCGGUCCCCUACGUUAAAGCCACCGAGCCUCAUCUGCUGGAGACCUACACCCCGGAGGUCACCAAGGCCUACAUCACAUCACGGCUCGAGUCGGUCCACGUCAUCCUCAGAGAUGGUUUAGAAGACCCUCUAGAUGACGCUGGCCUCGUUCAGCAGCAGUUAGACCAGUUGUCCACCAUCGGGAGGUGUGAGUACGAGAAGACAUGCGCUCUGCUGGUCCAACUGUUCGACCAGGCAGCUCAGACCUACCAGGAGCUGCUACAGUCCACCAACUCGAGUGCUGCAGACAUCACUGUGCAGGAGGGUACGCGCAGCACACAAAUGGGGAUUCAAGCUCAAGCUUUAAAUUGUCGGUUGACAUGGCUGGUUUAUAUAAUUGGGGCAGUGAUUGGUGGACGGGUGUCGUUUGCAAGUACAGAUGAGCAGGACGCCAUGGACGGAGAGUUAGUCUGUCGGGUGCUCCAGCUGAUGAAUCUGACCGACUCUCGGCUAGCCCAGGCCGGCAACGAGAGACUGGAGCUGGCCAUGCUCAGCUUCUUUGAACAGUUCAGAAAGAUCUACAUCGGUGAUCAGGUGCAGAAAUCAUCAAAGCUUUAUCGACGACUAUCAGAGGUUCUGGGGCUGAAUGACGAGACGAUGGUACUCAGUGUCUUUAUAGGGAAAAUCAUCACAAACUUGAAGUACUGGGGCCAGUGUGAACCAAUCACCUCCAAGACACUCCAACUACUGAACGACCUCUCUUUAGGAUACAGCAGUGUGAGAAAGCUGGUGAAGCUCAGUGCUGUCCAGUUCAUGUUGAAUAACCACACAAGCGAGCACUUCUCCUUCCUGGGAGUGAACAACCAGUCGAAUCUGAGCGACAUGAGAUGUCGGACCACCUUCUACACGGCACUGGGACGCCUGCUAAUGGUCGAUCUAGGCGAGGACGAGGACCAGUUCGAACAGUUCAUGCUGCCUUUGACGGCUGCGUUUGAAACUGUGGCUCAGAUGCUGAGUACAAACACCUUCAACGAGCAGGAAGCCAAGAGGACUUUGGUGGGUUUGGUCCGAGACCUGCGAGGCAUCGCGUUCGCCUUCAACGCCAAGACGAGCUUCAUGAUGCUCUUUGACUGGAUAUAUCCGGCCUACAUGCCCAUUCUACAGCGAGCCAUAGAGCUCUGGUACCACGACCCAGCAUGCACCACGCCUGUCCUCAAACUUAUGGCCGAGCUCGUUCACAACAGAUCCCAAAGGCUACAGUUUGAUGUGUCGUCACCCAACGGUAUCCUGCUGUUCAGAGAAACCAGCAAGAUGAUUACGACCUACGGGAAUCGUAUCCUGACGCUGGGAGAAGUCCCGAAGGACCAGGUGUACGGGGUGAAGCUGAAGGGGGUCAGCGUGUGUUUCGCCAUGCUGAAGGCGGUGCUCAGCGGAAACUACGUCAACUUCGGGGUCUUCCGUCUGUACGGCGACGACGCUCUGGAUAACGCCUUACAGACCUUCAUAAAACUACUGCUGUCCAUCCCUCACAGCGACUUACUAGACUAUCCGAAGCUCAGCCAGUCCUUCUACUCUCUGCUGGAAGUGCUGACACAGGACCACAUGAACUUCAUCGCCAGUCUGGAGCCUCACGUCGUCAUGUACAUCCUGUCUUCAAUAUCAGAAGGGCUCACUGCACUCGAUACGAUGGUGUGCACGGGCUGCUGCUCCAGUCUGGACCACAUAGUGACCUACCUGUUCAAGCAGCUGUCGCGCUCCACAAAGAAGCGUCCCACUCCGAUGGCAACAGACGAUCGCUUCCUCCACAUCAUGCAGCAGCACCCGGAGAUGAUCCAGCAGAUGCUGUCCACAGUGUUGAACAUCAUCAUCUUCGAGGACUGUAGGAACCAGUGGUCAAUGUCUCGACCUCUGUUAGGCCUCAUCCUGCUCAACGAGAAGUAUUUCGCUGACCUGAGGAACAGCAUCGUCAACAGUCAGCCUCCAGAGAAGCAGCAAGCCAUGCACUUAUGUUUCGAGAACUUGAUGGAGGGAAUAGAAAGAAAUCUACUAACGAAGAAUCGGGACAGGUUUACUCAGAACCUGUCUGUGUUCAGGAGGGAAGUCAACGACAGCAUGAAGAACUCGACAUACGGCGUCAACAGCAACGACAUGAUGAGCUGACAUUCCACACAGAGGAGUCUUAUCCAGCUGCAGACAGAGCUCACCCCUCCCUCGCUCAUCCACAGCCUCCCUCCCUCCCCCCUCUCUGCCUCCCCCCUCUUUGCAUCAGCCUCCCCCCUCCCUCCCUGGGCCCGGAUGCCUAGGGAUCAUCUCCUCCCCCCGACACGACGUACGGGAUCGUUGACGACAUUCAGCGAAUAAACCGCCGUGCGUUGCACCUGCCCCCUCCCUCCCUCCCUACUCCUUUUUGAUAUAAACAUAUAUAAAUAUAUACAGAUCUAUUUUAAAGCGAUGGUCUGACUCGUCUGGCUGUCCUAACAGUGGAGGGGUCAGGAGUUCGCGGGGAGGGGGGGGGGGGGUCGUCGCAUGUCUAAGCACUCUAAAGGAGCGAGUGCUGUGGAUGUAAAAGGAGGUGAGGUGGGGGCGAGGAAGGGGACGAGCGCCGGUAAACGUAGUAAUCCGCUUCUGCCUGCCUUGUAUAGAAAAACACACAAAAAACCAAGUGUACAUUUUUUUUCGUAACAUUUUGAACAAUGUUUAUAAUGAUCGAAUUUAAAACACAAAGAUGAGUUGAGGAAAAACAAAAAAAACUAAACAAAAACGGUGUGAUUGAGCUUUUUACAGUGUAGUGAGUUAGUGCAACUGUCUGUCUGCGUGGGGAGCGAGCUUUCCACGGGAGCUGGAGGUGAGAGGGAGGGUGGGGAGUUAUUUGGGGUGGGGGUGGGGGUAGGGGGGUACACUGAGCUGCAGGGUGGCCACAGGAGCACUUGGGCUGCAGAGUUGUCACGAUGAACAGGAAGAAGAGGUACACACACUAACAGAAAGGGAGAGUCAGAGCAUCCAUGUUGUACAUUUUACUCAAGUCUCUGGUUGAAGUGAUGUAAAUAGCCACGUCCCUCGCGGCAGCAGGCUCCACGGGCUUUAAAGGGACAGUUCUGCUGGUUUUCAACCUGGAGCUUGUUCUCGUACUUGUGUCCGUUCUGACUCGGCGUCUCAAACGGGACUUCUGCAAAACAACGUAUGUCGGGGAAAGCAGCUUACAGCUUCCAGAUACGCUUCAAUUUUAGAGAAAUCAUUUUGAACUGAAACAAUCGAUUAAACGAGAACUCCACCGAUUUAUCACUUCACUCCUAUAACACUAUCACACCAUGGACAGUUUAAAACAAACAAACAAAAGAUCUAAAUCGAUGCUGCAGAAUCAGAUAUCUUUUUUUUAUUCCACACAUUCUUCUUCCUUGUUAAAACCUGGCGCCUACAUUACCCACAAUGCAACGGUUCAGUCAGAGAUUGUGGAGUGUUAUGCUAGCAGAGGUCUGCUGAGCUCACUUCUUUCUAACUCCACAGUUUCAAACCUGCAGCCCCGCCCGACGCUGACUCGAGUGACAUCACUUGAGGACAUUUAGCAGACUCCACACAGCUCCCUCUGAGACACUGAAGGCCUCAUGCUGCUUUUUAAAACAUAUGCAGUAGUUACUCCCCAACACCUGGACACACACGGUGAAGUGCAAAAUCACUGGAAUUCAUCUUUAAUCGAUUAAAAGAAAAUUGUCGACAACUUUGAUAAACAAUUUAUCGUCACUUUUCAUGCAAAAGUACAACCGUCCCAGUUUCUCAGAUGUGAAGGUUUGCUCGUUUUCUUGCUGUGCAGUGACCGUGAACUGAAUCUCUUUGGGUUUUAGACUUUCGGUGGGGGAAAAGCAGGACAUCACGUCGGACUCUGGGAGCUUGAUGGAUGUUUUUAAUAUUUUCUGACAUCUUCCUCUAAUCUUUGCUUCAUUUCUUGAGUUACUGGAUAAUUUUAGAAGUUUCAGGCCUUUUAGUUUAGAAAAUAAUGUAAUUUUGUGUAGCAGUAAUGUUUUUUUUCCUGCUUUCCUGUUAAUAAUUUAGCGACUGCUUGUUCUGUAGGUCCUGAACCAGUGGACACGAUUCAUUAAUGAAACAAUACAAAGACUCAGCGAUGAUGGAAAUAACUGUUAGUUGCAGCCUGAAUCACUUCAGGUGCUUCUGAGUCUGAAAGUAAAGUAGUUCCCUGUAUCAGUUACUGUAUUUAACUGCAUGGAUGGAUCUACCGACUCGGCAGCCAGCGAACCAACCUGGUGGCUUUUUCAUCUGCAGCAAUAACAUAUUUAUUACUUAUUGUAAUUAACUGCAACUAACUUUUUCAUUAUCAACUAAUCUGCAGAUUUUCACAAUUAAUCAUUUUAUCAGUAAAACGUCAGACUGUAAAAAGAACUCCCAUCAAAAUGUCCCAGAGCAAAAGGAGAAGUAUUAAAAUGUCUUGUUUUGUCCGACCAACAAUCCAAAACCCAAAGAAAUUAAGUUUAUUAUCAUAUAUAUAUAUAUAUGACAAAGAAAAGCAGCAAGUCCUCACACCUGAGACGCUGGAACCAGAGAACGUUUCGAAGCUUGUUUGGGAAGCUUGAGGCUCGAGCUGCUGGUCCAGAACAGACUCGAUGAAGAGGUUGAAAAACGUCAGAGUUCCCUUCCUGACGUCCCGUCUGGUCCGCCUCGGCUCCGCCUUUCUCCUCAAAGCAAAGCGACACACGAGACGGCGGCGUCCCGUCGGCCUCGUGCGCACACACUCGCUUGUUUCCCUGCGAUGAUCGACGUGUAAACAACAUGGUCGCGGCUACAUUUUCCCCUCUGGUAGGCCGGGUGCAGUUUCCACCAUUUUGUUUACACUCUGGAUUGCUCGGACCAGGUUUUGGGACUGCCCCCCUUUUCGGUCCUGCAACUGAGUCCUUUUGGUGUGUGUGUUGUCUGUCCGUGUGCGUGUGUGUGUGUGUGUGUGUGUGAGUGGCUCUCUGUUGCCUGGUGUGUAUGUGGCGUCUCAUGGUGCUGCGAACCCACGAUGGAGCUCAAACAGCCGAGGUCUGCGCCACCUUUUAGGAGGAGACAAUAACGAUGAUGAUGAUGGAGGGAAAACUAGUUCCCGUUAGAGACGUCUGGUCAUCAGAGCUCCCUGAAGGAACCCAGUUUAGUUUUAAAUACCUGAAGAAUAUUGCAUCGACCUUUGGUAGGAGUCAGAACAGUGUAAAGAGAAGCCGGAGCGGAGUCUAUUAGCAACUUGUGUUACUCUCUACGAUGUUGCUGCUAACUGUUUGUGACAACUAGCUCAUUUCUAACCGUGUCAGCACUCAUGGACGUUUAUUGAGUUUCUAAUUUUUUGGUUUGUGUCCCUGAUGUGAAUGUGUUGGGUCCAUAGAGUGAAUAGCUGUUUGAGUUGUUUGGAUGUCUGCUACAUAUAGUGUAAGCAUUGUGACUGCAAAUAAACCUCAUUGAUUUUUA